CCAGUCCGCCUGGCGCUGGCACUGGCAGGUGCUCCGUCUCUUCCAGAGAGAGAGAGAGAGAGAGAAAGGGAGUGAGGGAGAAAGAGAGAGAGAGAGAGUGUGUGAGAGAGCAAGUGGGUUAGAAAGACAGGGGGAGAUAGAGAGAGAGAGUGAGAAAGAGAGAGCGAGAGGAUGCGAAAGGAGAGACGGGGAGGGAAAGAAGGAAGGAAGGGAAGCGCUGGAGGAGAGAAAAGAGGAGAGAAAAGUGUGUGUAGGGCAUGAAACCAGGGUACCUCGGCGGCUCAGAGCGCGUCUAACGUCCGCGAGGCUCGGCUAUGAGCGGGUUACUGAAGGGGGCACUUUGAGAUAUGAUGAGCUUUCUCACUGGUGGCCAAUAGUACUAUGAUUUGGUAUGUGGCCACUUUGAUAGCAAGUGUAUUCAGCACCCGAGGAACGGCUGCUCAAGGUGCCCACGGAGUCAGAGAGGAGCCCCAGUUUGUGACAGCCCGUGCUGGGGAUACCGUGGUACUGGGAUGUGACGUGGCCCACCCGCUAAACGGCCAGCCCUACGUGGUGGAGUGGUUCAAGUACGGAGUGCCCAUCCCCUUCUUCAUCAACUUCCGCUUCUACCCUCCCCAUGUGGACCCGGAGUACGCCGGACGAGCCAGUCUGCAUGGAAAGUCAUCUCUACGGAUUGAGAGGGUGCGUUCGGACGACCAGGGCUGGUACGAGUGUAAGGUUCUGAUGCUGGAGCAGCAGUACGACACCUUCCACAAUGGCAGCUGGGUGCAUCUCACAGUGAAUGCUCCUCCCACCUUCACGGACACACCGCCACAGUACGUGGAGGCUAAGGAAGGGGGCAGCAUCACUCUGAGCUGCACGGCCUUCGGGAACCCCAAGCCCUCGGUCAGCUGGUUACGGGAGGGAGAGCCCUUACAGGACAGCGCCAAGUAUAAGGUGAGUGACGGCAGUCUGACUGUGUUAUCUAUCAGCCGGGAGGACAGAGGAGCGUACAUGUGCAGGGCGUACAGUGUGCAGGGAGAGGCCAUCCAUACCACACGCCUACUCGUCCAAGGACCUCCAUUUAUCGUGUCCCCUCCAGAGAACAUAACCGUAAACAUAUCCCAGGAUGCAUUCUUCACCUGCCAGGCCGAGGCGUAUCCUGGCAACCUGACGUACACCUGGUUCUGGGAGGAAGAUAACGUCUUCUUCAAGAAUGAUCUGAAGCGCAGAGUGAGCAUUCUGAUCGAUGGCUCCCUCAUCAUAGCCCAGGUGAAACCUGAGGAUGCUGGGAAAUACACCUGCAGUCCCAGUAACAGCCUUGGCCGGCCUCCUUCAGCAUCAGCAUACCUGAUAGUGCAAUACCCUGCCCGCGUGGUGAACAUGCCACCCGUCAUUUAUGUGGCCAUCGGACUGCCGGGGUUCAUCCGCUGCCCGGUGGAUGCCAACCCACCUGUCACUUCAGUGAAGUGGAGAAAAGACGGCCUGCCUCUGCGGAUAGAGAAGUACCCUGGCUGGAGCCAGAUGGAGGAUGGGAGUAUUCGAGUGGCUGAGGUGACGGAGGACUCACUCGGCACCUACACCUGCGUGCCUUACAAUGCCCUGGGUACCAUGGGACCGUCCUCUCCCGCCCCCCUGGUGCUAAAGGAUCCCCCUAAGUUUCUGGUGGUACCUGGAGGAGAGUACAGGCAGGAAGCAGGAAGAGAGCUGGUCAUCCCCUGUGAGGCAGAAGGAGACCCAUUCCCCAACAUUACCUGGAGAAAGGUAGGGAAGCCCAGCAGGGGCAAGCACAACGUCCUAUCGAGAGGCAGCUUACAGUUCAAAUCUCUCAGCAAGGAGGACCACGGGGAGUGGGAGUGUGUCGCCAGCAACGUCGCCACAAGCAUCACUGCCAGCACGCACCUCCUCGUAAUCGGCACAAGCCCUCACGCCCCAAAAAACGUCCGCGUUUUGGUCUCGACGACCUCGGCCAACGUGUCAUGGGAGCCCGGCUAUGACGGAGGUUUCGAGCAGACAUUCUCAGUCUGGGUGAAGAGGGAGCAGCUGGGUCCACAUGACUGGCUCUCCACGCCUGUGCCCAGCGGGCAGCACUGGCUGCUGGUACAGGGCCUGGAGCCCGAGACGGCCUACCAGUUCAGCGUCCUGGCCCAGAACAAGCUGGGGACAGGGCCCUUCAGCGAGGUCGUCACUGUGAACACUCUAGUAUUUCCUAUAAGUACCCCUGAACCACUGGUGCUGCUUACCCCACCACGGUGCCUCACAGCCAACCGGACACAACAGGGAGUCCUACUAACAUGGAUCCCUCCAGCCAAUCACACGUCGCCAAUUGAUCAUUACAUCAUGGAGUUUCGCCUCGGGGAGAGGUGGGAAGUCCUGGAUGAUGCAAUCCCUGCUGGAGAGACGGAGCUGUUGGCCAGAGAUCUUGUUCAGGAGGCAUGGUAUGAGUUCAGAGUUAUGGCAGUAAUGGAGGACCUCAUCAGUGAACCCAGUAAUUUAGUUGGGGUCUCCAGUACAGAGUUCUUCCCGCCGCCAGACAUGCCAGACGAGGGGCUGGCGCGGCCGGUGGUGGCGGGCAUUGUGGCCACCAUCUGCUUCCUGGCAGCAGCCAUCCUCUUCAGCACGCUGGCGGCCUGCUUCGUCAACAAGCAGCGGCGGCGCAAGCUCAAGAGGAGACGAGAUCCUCCGCUCUCGAUAACACACACCAGGAAAAGCGUGGAAACUCCGACUCCUCUGACCCCCCUGCCUGGCGUAGAGCCCUUCUGGGAGGGGACUAAUGGGAGCAGCUACAAGCCCCCACCUUCAAGCCCUAAGUCUUCUUCAGGAAAGAUGAGUCCAGAGAGUGUCCGGUCUAUUGGACCACCAUCCGAGUCCUCGGAGGACGGCUCACGAGCUAAGAAGUUUCCUCAGAGUCCUGCCAAGGAGAAAGAGCUGUCCUUAUACAAGAAGACCAAACGAGCAAUAAUUAGCAAGAAAUACAGUGUCUCUAAGCAUGAAGCUGAGGCUACCACACCUAUUGAGUUGAUAAGCCGCGGCCCGGACGGUCGCUUUGUCAUGGAUCCCACUGACAUGGAGACGCCUGUCAAGCCCAGGCGUAUCGAGGGCUUCCCUUUUGUGGAAGAGUCAGACCUCUACCCUGAAUUCCGGCAGUCGGACGAAGAGAACGAUGAUCCAGGACCCAUGCCUCCAAUGAUGGCCACUCUCAGACCCCAUCAAAUCUCUCCUAUCUCUUCCAGCCAGGAGUCUUACUUGCAGCCUCCAGCCUAUAGCCCUCGCUUCCAGAGGCCCUUGGAAGGUAUGACCAUCAUGGAGAGCAGCCGACUUCAGGCCACAGGGCAAAUCCGUGGUGCUCCUCAUUUUCGAGCCUUUUCCCAUGGCCAGUUCUACGGCUAUUUGGGCAGUCAUGUAGAACCUGAGCCUCCUCCUCCUUUCUACAUGCCCGAAACCAGCCCGCUUAGCUCGGUCAUGUCUUCACCCCCUUACCACAUCGAAGGGCCUUUUGGUCAUCCCACAAUACCGGAAGAGAUUGGCGAGGGAGAGAUUCAACACUAUGCAGUCUCUGGCUGCGCCCUUCCCUUGACGCACACAUCCCGUUCCCCGGACAUCUGGCAACGGCCUGAUUUUUCCUUUGCCACCAUCGAGGGUCCUCACUUCAUAUUCCCACCCCCUCACCCUUUGCAGUUUCACCGGGAACCUCCUCUUCCUCCUCCACUUGUUCUCCCUCCUAGUGCUCUCCCACCCGCUUCCAUCCACAUACCCUCCUACCCUGGUAUCCUGCAGCUGGAGGCCCCAAAAAGUCGGCCAGGCAAGUCUCCCAGCAAAGUCAAGCCUCAGGGCCUUCCAGCCAAGCGUUUACCUAUGCAAGAGGCACAGAGUCUAGGGCAGCUAAGACACACAAGCCACGGUUUGGGUGUGCCAGUAUUGCCUUACCCUGACCCAGCGUCUCACAUGGUUGGCCCUAGCUCAUUCGGAAGCCUGGAUACGCGCUGGUACGAGCUAACUCCCAGGCUCAGCCCCAGACAGCCCCGCAGGAUGGAACCCAGUAUGGUGGUUCUCCAGCCCUCCCGCCUCUCACCUCUUACUCAAAGCCCCAUUAGCUCUCACGAGGGCUCACCAGAGAUUGUAGUGCGUCCCAGGCCCCGUCCUAGCAUCCACCCACCCAUCCCUCCCGAGAUGGCUGAAAUUACCUUGCAGCCCCCCUCUUCUGUCGCCUUCUCGAGGAGGUCCUCGCCCUCUUCCUCUCCUGCUCAAGGCCAGGGCAGCCGAAGGGCAAGUCCUAGUUACCGCUCCCACAUGGCCUUUGCUUCCUCAGCAACAAGCUAUCCAUCCCAGUCCCCAUCACCCCCCAUGGAAAGCAGCAACCUUUUUGGGCAGAUGCCAAGCCAGAGGAGGACUGAGGAGGAGAUCCUUCCAUCAGAACCCUCUCCGCCCCAGUUAUCAGCUUCAGGAAAACGUCGAGGUAUGCCGAGUGGCCCUGCAGGGUCUGAGAGGAUAGAAGCACUGAGAUACCAACGAGUCAGAAAAGCCAAGAAGGUUGCUGUCAACAACAACAACUCGAAGACCAGACGGAAAAUAGUGAUUCCUAUCCCUUCACUGGAUGCAGGUGUGCCGCCCUCUCAGACCCAGCAGCCCCACACCUCUCAGGUCCUCCCGCCAGAAGAAGCUCUCUACCUCCGCAAGAAGAAGAGGAAGUUGACCAGACAGGACCCGUACACCCGCUUCUCCGCUCUGCUGUACCGCCGCCCGCCGCGAGAGGACCAGAAGGCCAUUUUGGCCAGCAUGGACACAGCGGACUCGGACCACGCCACUCUCCUGUGAGGGCCCACAGACCAGGCCGCACACUCUUCCCAAAGCCCACUGAGAUCCUGCACUGAGUUCAUCCGGGCACCUCGGCUCAGCCAGCCACGCUCCACGUCUACACCUCUACACCUCCACACCUCCGUCACCUCCUCCUCUCUUUUUUACUGUCCGAUUCUUUUCUUCUUUUCUCACCAAGACUCACCAAGACAUUUGUUUAUUUGUCAGUUGCUGGUUAGAUAAUUAGUUAGUUAGCAAGUAGUGUUCCAAGGUUUUGCUCCAAUGCAAGAUUACCUCAAAUAAAGAAUUGGUAGAUUAUUUUUUUUUUACACUUUUACUCCCCUCAGUAUUGGCUCCACCCCCUUCUUCUUCUUCUUCUCCUCCUCUUCUUCUUCUUCUUCCAAGGUCAGCGUAGUUUUUUUUUUUUUUUUUUUUUUUUCGGCUCAUGCGUAUAGUUUACAGCUUUCCGGGCUCCUCGUGACUUCUCACGACUCCUCACAUUCCUGCACCUGUUCCACCACCACCACUCUGCCAGUAGUUUCACUCUGUCUCAGUAGAACACAGGGUUCUCGAACGUAGACCAAAUAUACCUCAGAGUCACACGAGACUCAUCAGCUCAACACUGCUGUACAGACAAGCGUUCAGUACAAACCGUAACCUCCGGGCAAGUCCAAGCGUCAGGUUCAGAUUCAUUCGUUUUUCGAGAAGUGACAUACAUAUACAUGGCAUUUAGAGAGAUUUAGAGUCUCUGAUAGAGGAUUUACACUGAGAGUAUAAAGAAUAGAUACGUUUCAGGUCUCUUUAAGGCACCAUGACUGUUAUGCUCAUUAUGGAUGGUAUUAUUACAUACGCUAAAAGUAUGUAGUAAUAAUAAGCAUUGUGUGUGCAUGUGUGUGUGUUUAUUUAUUUGUUUGUAUGUAUGUAUGUAUGUAUGUGCAUGUACAUAUAUGUGUGUGCCGUGCUAAGCUAAGCUGUUCUGUUAGUCUUUUUAUGUUUAUGUACUUUUAUGUUUUUUUUCUUAAUUUACACAGGGAGCGUAGGAUCCUUCAUUGCUCCUCCAGACACAUGGAAUGAUCAGUAUUUCCAUUCUGGCAGAGGAAGGGGCCUCACUUUUUCAAAGCACAACAGAUUCACGCCUUUUUUUCUCUUCUUCUUCUUCUUUUUUUCCGCUGAAGUAGAGCAGUAGGUAGGGAAAGACGAGAAGUGAAGAGAUGAUGAUGAUGAUGAUGAUGAUGAUGGGGGAGGGUCUGUAUUGCUGUCGCUGAAGCACUAAUGAAGAAAUUAUACAAUAAUACUGUAAAGGGAUCAAAAGGUUUACCCAGAGAUGCACACAGACUAAUUUCCACAGAAACCAGAAAGCUGCUAUGGCCAUGAAUGUGCAUUAUUCUGAAUAUACUCAUCGUUUUCGCUCAUUUUCUUGUUUCAAUUUCUGUCUGCAUUGGAGCAAAAUCUUGGUAAUCACUGUGAUUGAUGUGAUGUUUUGAGUUGAUGCUAGUUGAUGCUGGUUUUUGUUUUUGUGAGCUCCGAUUCCAACCAUGCUAUAGAAAUGCCAAAAAAAAAUUAUAUAAGAAUACUACAGCUUUCUUAAUCAAUAAACCUAUUAAGUGUACUGUACUGUGAGGAGGAUAGGAUUUUGUGCCAUAUUAUACUGUAGUAUUUCUUUUCCAUCUAUAUGAGAUCUGUAUGAGAUCUAUAUGUGAGAUUUAUAUGUGAGAUCUAUGAGAUACUCCCUUUAUCCCUAUUCUAUCCAAAAAAACAGGCAUGUUUAGGCCUUAAUAGGGCUCCUGAAUGCUUGCCUCCAUUUUUAUUUUUAUUUUUUUUUACCAUAAUUUUCCUCACGUUCGUUUAUAAUCAAGUUUUGAAUCAAACAGACGUAAACCGACUGCCUUCGUGGGCCAUUUUUGUAGCCUUUUGUUUUUUUUUGUGUGUGUGGUUUAACUUGGCUGCGAGUGGAAGCAGCACCCCAGCGCCGGUCUGUCUCCUCUGGAAAGACCUUAGAGGGAAACGCCUGCGAGAUGACAAAGGCUUUCCCGUGUGGCCAAAGUUUUUUAUUGUGUAUCUGUCUAUCUAUCUAUCUAUCUAUCAUCCAAGGGUGCUUCUUUUCUACCGGUUAAUAUGUAUUCUCACUGUCAGGACAGACAGACAUAUCUGGGCUCAUAUGUACAUUCACUUUUAGUGGCCAAUGUGUUUUAACAUGAAGGAGCAUGUUGUUGGUGCUGGUGCUGAUGCUGAUGCUGAUGCUGGUGCUGAUGCUAUUGCUGGUGCUGGUAAAAAAUGAUAACGGUGCUCCACUUGUGGGCUUGCUUGUUGUUUUUUCAGAUUAGUUUUGGUAGUUUUUCCCGGUCAUGGAAAAGCUCAGAAGGGUGUACUGUAUGUACUGUAGCUUGGCUGAACAGUUUGCUGCUACUUCUUCUGUCACCCUAACAGAACUCAGAACAGAAAUUAAGAUAGAGCAAAGAUUAAAGAUAGGAUUAAGAAGAUUUUUGGUUGGUUCAAACGCGAGUCAAUGGCGUUCACUGUUCACGAUCAUGAUUAAGCCCCUCCCAUUGGCCAAUCCAGGCGUUUAGUUCUUUUUAAACAGCCUGUUUCAGGUGCUAUCCAACUUCGGGAGUCUUCAGACGAGACUGUAAUCACUUGAUGUUGCUUAAGUUCAACUGAGUUGAUCUUCCAGCGGACGUGGCCACUGCUCGUCACUCUAACACCACAGUAUUCGAUGUUUAGGAGUAUGACAUCAUCCACGUACGUUUUUCGGAUCAACUCUUCUGAUGUCUACCGUGGCAUCUUGAUAGCAUCACGUGUAUUUUUCUGUUUUUAUGGAUUUCCGUAUUCAUACUUGACUUGACACCUGGGUGCUGAAUGUGAUCACCAACUUGCAUUUACGUUUUCAGCAUUUUACGUUGAGAACAUGUGGAUGUUAACACUAGAGCUGGCUUGUACCUCAGACUGAGCUGAAGUAGGGAGAGCGCCUGCUGGAAACUGCCUGCCGAUGCAGUUCCCUUUUAGUCCUUUCUGUUGUGAUUGCACUUUGUUAAAAACAGGACGUCCUUUGAUGUAUUCUCUGCUUAAUCGAGACCAGCGCACUAGAAUAAAGAAGAAGUGUCCACGUGUAGACAUUAUGACGAUAAAGACGAAAAAUUCACUUUGCCUUGGUCAGGGGGGGGUUUUGAUUGUCUAUUAGUUCAACACCAUUUUCCAUUUAAGCUUAUAGAUCUAGAUGUACUGUACUAAGCUAAACACAAUUUUAUUUUUAAGUUGGCACAAAGUUUUGCUACCUUUUUAUGUUGUGUGAACUGUUUUCAGUAUCUUUUUUUUUUUGUAUUUUUUCAGUUCUGUUUUUUUUUUAACAUCUGUAAUUGCUGUUCCAUUUAUAAUAAAGAAAAGAUAAAACAUGUCUAAUUAGAAAGGAGUUACUCCUCCAGUUAUAGGGAGCUGAGUUAGGAACGCCACCACGAUGCAAGUGGCAACACAAGUUUAGAUAGAGACGUUCAGUAUAGGUCACGUAGUUCAGUUUGAAGAUGUGCUCAUCAAGUAUUUACAAUACAUUUAUCUGGGCAAUUCUUUGUCAAAUAUGGUGCUUUGUAAAAGAUAUAGAACUAUUUAAUUACCUAAAUGAAAGAAAAAAAAAUAUAUAUAUAUAUAAAUACAAAUAUAUUGUUUUUUUUGUUGUUAUUUUCAAAAGAGUAAUAUCAAGAGGAAUAUCCAAAAUACUAGGAAUGUACUGUACUAUGUCAAAAGACUGUAUAUAAUAUAGCAUAUAUUGCACAAUGUAUGAUAAAAUUUUAGUAAUUUUGAAUAAAUUGGACAAUAUAUGCACGCAACUGAAUAUAUUCAUGAAACAUA